UGAGCCCAAAUAAGUGAUCAGUGCAAGCUAGCCAUUACCCCACUCUUGUUCUUGAUCAUGAGGCCUUCAAACCAAACUUUGGCUCUCUGUGUGGUUCUUCUCUUGGUUGCAGCACCGGUUUCUCGGGCUGCAGUUACCUGUGGCAGUGUGCUGAGCACCCUGAAGCCUUGCAUUAGCUACCUGCAAGGCGGUGGGGGGCCGUCGCCCCCGGGGACGUGCUGUGGUGGAGUCAAGAGCCUUGCAAGUGCUGCAUCAUCCAAGCCAGACAAGCAGACUGCCUGUGGGUGCCUCAAGACUGCAGCCCAGAAGCUGAAGGUCAACACCAACCGCGCCCAGACGCUCCCGCAGGACUGCGGCGUCUCCCUGUCGUUUCCCAUCUCGACUUCUAUCGACUGCAGCACAAUCAGCUAAGCUUGGAGAGAACAAUGAUGAUAUGAUAUGAUAUGAUGCUGUUGAAAGCACUUAUUACUGGGGAGGAUAAGUAAAUCUUAUAAUAAUGUAAAAGUUGGAAUGUUUGUGUCUUUUUAUCAUUAAUAUAUCACUCUAGAGUUGUGUUCCCUUCUUAUAUUUUCUAUGGAAUAAACUUUGUGUUUUCUCUUGUGAGUUGAAAAUACAGCUGAAAUUUCUC